AUGUUAAUCACCGAGGUGAAAUCUGCGCUUAUCUUUCAGGAUAAGCUCAAAAAAGAUCAGAAAGCUGAGGCUAUAAAGAAGGUGCCAGGGCUGCUUGAAAUCGCCGCUUUCACAUUUUUAUACUCCGGGACAUUCGUCGGACCACAGUUCACACUCGCCAAAUUUCGAUCAUUCGUGGAUGGCGCUUGGCUCGAUGAGAAGAAACAGCCAAAACAAUCUGCAAUAAAUGCAUCGCUACGCCGUUUUCUUGGUGGAGCUGCGUUUUUGAUCCUGAAUUUGGUGGGCACUGCUUGGAUACCAAAUUCGUAUUUCAACACUCCGGAAUAUUACGUUAGUGGUACUUCGAUUAUUCUAUCGGUGUUUCUUCUAGGAAAAUUCAGUAAGCGGUCAUGA